AUGGCCUCCAUUUCGGAUGAGGUGCUGAAGCUGGACUCGUUCCUCAACGAGAUGAGCCAGAAGCCUGUCCCCGUGGAAGAGCCAGUGGGGCCACCAGGAGAACCGGGGAUCCCCGGACCUCAGGGAGCCCCAGGGCCCAGGGGUAGGCCAGGCCGGCCAGGAACCACUGGAGAUCCUGGAAAAUCAGGUUAUCCGGGGGAACAAGGAAGGUCGGGGCAGCCAGGGGAGAAGGGCAGUGUGGGAGACAGCGUGAAGGGCCCACACGGACCCAGGGGACUCCCAGGUCCCCCGGGGGAGUCGAAACCUGGAGCACCAGGACCCAGGGGAGACCCCGGCCAGCCGGGGAAACCUGGUCUCUCGGGGGCCACAGGGCCUGUUGGGGAACCUGGCCCACCAGGGCUGUGUGACAACACGGGCUGUCAAAGGAGAGAUCCUAGAGGACAAGAAUACUUCAUGUUCCAGCCUUGAACCUGGACAGACUGCACUUCCCAAAGACUUUUCUGUUGGGUUAAAAAGCCCUAUGACAGGCAGAAACAUAAAAGAUUUCAUUUGAACUGCAACACAGUCAUUAAUGCCAGAUGAACUAUGAAACAGUGUGUGUUGAUGACUGUACAAUAUGGUGUACAACGCCUUCAUCCUUUUCAAUGCUGGUGGCAAGAUCUUUAUUGUGCACACAGAUACAUAUGCCAGUAGGACAAAAGUAACAUUUAUGCACAGUUACAAAUAAGACUCUGCAAUUGCUACUUAAAGCUCAAAGUUUGGUUCUCCAAUCCAAAAUUUGCUCUGCUUUUCUAGCUGUAAAUUCUCAAUAAUAUUUAAACUAUAUUUGUUUGUGACACUCUUGCUUGAGUGUCAGAAUUUUAAGAAAAGUGGAGGGAAAACUUUUCCUAUGAUGCACAACCGACUUUUCCAAUUACCCAACAUAUUUCCAAAAUGAUUAAAAAGUUAUCACAAGUUCUUUUCUUGUGUAACAUUAACAUCUGAAAUCCUCUGGUUUCAUUUCAAAAUUGGUAGUAUAAGCAUACUGUACCUAGAAUGAUCUUACAGUAGAUUGCACCAUUGCACAUUUCAAAAGUCCCUAAGUACCUGGCAUCUUACCCAGUCAUAAAAAUGCUGGUAUUUUAAAUAGCAUGCUCUAUUCAUCAAUAGCCAUGUAUCCUGAGGAAAAGGAUGCAAAUCAGGACGGGUCUCAGCCUGGGCAGGACAGCGGUCCAUCACUGGACAAUGGAUAAUUUAGACUAGCCAAUCAAACCUAGGUAGCAUUUUUUGGAAGUUGGAAUAUACAUGGCAAAAACCUCAGAGGUUAACAUGUGGACACCAUUUGACCUCCACACCCAAGGGUGUCAAACCCAGGAGCCAUGAGGAAGGAGCAACACAUUCUGAUCCAAAACAUGGUCCUGUUGCCCAUUAAAUCAGCUUUUCACCUACCUUCAAAUAUCUGGGUGGAAGGAAGAAGAAAGGUGUCCAGUCUGAUCCUAGCCUUAAUUAAACAAAUACGAUUUACAGUAAGUCUAUCCAGCUGAGCUCAUCUAAUUAUCUGCACAAUUUUUAAUUUGUAUAAAAAAUCUGUACAGCAAGCAGUUAUAAUGCACUUUCUUGCCAGUGUUGCUAAUUGAUAUCAUCCAUCAGUAGGAAGUCUGACUGAUCUACAGUAUCUGUAGUAUAAAUCACUCGAGUGCCUCUAAUUCUACAAUUACAUUUUAGGUUCCAACUGUUAAAAAGCAUACAAAUGUAUGAUAUAACCUACUGUAACUCACAUUUACAGUCUUCAUUAGUUGAAAAGAAAAUAAGGCUCUUCGUGAUAUAUCCUAUUGUUCUAUUUUUUAGUUUAAAAAUCACAACAGCGGACAUAUUUCACAGCAAACCUAAAAAAGUUGCCCAAACCAUAUAACUAAGAAAAACAUCUCACUCAGUAUUUUAGCAAUUUGCGCUCCCUGUAACUGUGCAAGUGCUUCCAAUGUAGACAGUGAUUAAAUGAUUGACUUGCAGGCAUAUUAAUCAAAACAGGUAUUUAUUUCUGAUAAAAGCACAAAUAGAAUUAGAGAGAACAAAAUGAAAUAAAAGUAUAUUUCAUCACCCCUGGGCAUAAGAGAAUCCAGCACACAAUUCUUUUAAAAAUCUAAAUCAGAUACUAUUUGUACACUAAAGUUUACUGUGUAUAAAAUGGAGUUGUAUUGGGGUUAAAUAAUUCUCAGUACUUUUUAAUCAUUUAUAGCUUUUUUGGCCUUUAAAUCAAUUUUCAAAUUGUAGUCAAAAUGAAAAAACAACAACUAA